AUGAUGUCCUCCGAUGACGAGGAAGACGAGGACGAUGAAGAAUUUACCUUCGUGAGUGAAAGGCCCAACUUAUUUAAUAAUUUAGAUGCAAAGAUGAAUGACAUUGUUGAUGACUGUAAUCAGCCAGCGCAAUCACUCUCCCCAGCGCAACCAUCCUCCCCAGUGCAGGAAUUUACCAUACGUUGUUCACCAGAGAGGAAUGUUUCUGAGAAGGAUGCAGUUGAUGAGGCCAUGUCAUCUUUUUCACUUGAGAGUAAUGUUCCUGUGGAGGCUGCAGUUAAUGAGCCCAUGUUACCUGCUCUUGAGGAAGAUGUUCCCAGAGCCCAGACCGCCUCCUAUACCUACACCUGCUUAUCAACGUAG